AUGGACGUGUUCUCCUUCGGGGUCGUCAUGCUCGAGCUGGUCUCGAGGAGGGAGGCGACGGACGAGGAGGGGAGGGUGAUGUGGGCUACUGUGGUCGAGGCCUUCAAGGGGAGAAGCAACGAGGAGAUCGGGAGGCUCGAGAGGCUGAGGAAGUGGAUGGGCAAGGGCCUGGUGGCGGACUCGACAUGCUCAAUGGAGACCGUGGCGAGCGUGAUGAGCGUCGUGAUCUCGUGCCUGAACCGGGACCCUUUGAAGAGGCCGAGCAUGGUGGACAUUGUGUACGCCUUGUGCAAGAGCGACGACGUCUUUGAUAUCCCGUAG